AUGAUUUCUAGAGCGGUGCGAGUGCCGCGUAUUCGCCUGGCAUGCAGGUUUGGCUUAAUAACACAACGCAGCACUGGACUGGGCUUCCGACCAAGUCCAGUCCAUGACGGCCUGGCACGACGAUUAUAUACAUCCGAACUUGGAAAUGCAGGGGAGAACAAGGUUGAGCCUUUUAUAACGGAUACGGAAGCUUCGAAAAUAAAGCCGAAAGAAGAGUCAAAGGUUUCAUCUACAGGGGCAGAAGACGCGACACCGGCUCCGAAUCUUCCCUCCUCCACCGACGUCGGCUCUGAGCCGACUAGUAGCUCCGAGGAACCUCAAUUAGACGAUGACCCGAUCUCCAAACCUGAGUUCGACGCAAAGGCAUCUCCUGGCGACGAGACAUUCCCAGAGAAGCCAAUUGACAAUGCACAAGCAGUACUGGACGGUGCACUGGACGGUGCACUGGACGAAUCCCCAUCACAACCGCGAUUGUCAAGAUAUGUUUUACCUGACCUGCCCGACUUCCCCAAAUCGUCGUCAAGACAUUCACCUAGCCCCGAACAGUAUGCGCUGGACGACCUUUUGGGAGAAUCGCAGAAGCCAGGGAUCGAGGUAUCUGCACUUCCUGAACUAGAAGCCCAAGAUGUUGGGGACGAGCUCAUGCCUUUGCCAAAGAGACGCCUUUACGAUCGUCUUAUGCACGAUGAAUCGCUUGGAGUCUCUACUCUGGGAAUGCCAGCAGAUGCCAUUAUCAUCAACAAUCCGAAUAGGACACGCAUCGAGCGGCCAGCCCCCACCGUGAUGGAAGCGAAACCUAUAGAAAACACAGAUCUUGACUGGGAAAAUUUGACUCCUUCCGAAAUGACAGAGCCUGAAUCUGAAGAGAUAUUCAAGAAUAUCGACGAACUUUGCCCCGUGAGUCGUAUUUUGCGUCUAACUGAUAUCGACAAGCUCGUCAACACUCUUUGCGACGGUUUCACAGUCACCCAGCUACGGGAGUAUCACAGUGUUCGCAAGCCACAACCCAGGGAUCAUGACAUGGUAAAAUACGAGUGGAUAGAACAGAUUGUACCAUGGACAUCAAUGAACUCGGUUCGACUGCGUGGCAAUGAUAAGGCCACUCUUGCUCAGAAGAUCGUGUUGGAUAAAUGGAAGAUCGAGGUUCAGGAACAUGCGGACGAUCUUGGAAAAGCGUUUAUUUGGAUGGAUCCUGACAUCUUCCCCUUUCUCACAUAUGGCCCCAACAACAUAGGGCGUCUACUCUGGGAGCUCAGAAGGGAUUUCGUAGUCGGCGAAGACGAGAAGCUAACACUGCAUACCCCAAAAUGCCGCCUCAAUAUUACAGCGAAGAAGUCGACUACUUACGGUAUCCUCGCUCAUAUCGACCAGGCCGUGCAGAGGAUGAAGAGCCGGGUUAUCGACGUUGCCCCUCUUCUCCCGAAGACUCGAUCAGCAGCCCUGACGCCGACAGAGCGCAAGGAGCUCGGCCGGCUAACCAAGACUUCAAUCACGCCUGUAAGGCAUGGCUCACAGGAGAAGUUGCGCGUCUCCUGGAUGCCCCAGCCUGACGAGCCUCCAACCGAGACUGAAGACCUUGCAGACACAGUGUUCCGCUUAAUCGUUGGCCGUGUCGUCCCGGGCGCUGACCACGGUGUCCUCCAGUGUCUUCCGCGACUGGACGACCAAGACCUAGUCACUGGCCAGCCCGUCCCUGUACAACGCCAGGCUCGGGCUAUGUCGUGGAGAGACAAGCUCCAGAAGUGGCUGAGAAUUGUCGCACCCAUCAGCAAGAACACUCAAAACACUCCACCGUUAGGGCUGUCCUCCGAAUUAGCGAUUCCCGAAGAGAAAUGUCCUCGCACUGGAAAUGUAGACGCUACUACAGCAACGUUUGGCCAUAUCCUACACCAACGCGCUAGCACUUCGAUGAAGGAACUCUACCGCAAACGCCGCAUCCUAGCUCCCCUUACACCUCAUCCCGCUGCUUUCUCCGCCCUCAAACCCGACAACGACUUGCCCCUAAAGGAGACUACUUCCAUUGUUAUGCACCUUUCGCCUCAUUUCGAUUCUUCAAAGAGUCCAGUGACGGAUCCUAAGAAGAAACUCCCUGCAGAUCCUGCUGUCUAUAUUACCAUCCCCGUCCACCCUCAGGCUGAUCUCGACAACUUCAAGAUCCCCGACGACGUAACCGCCCACAUUUAUGUGCCCUGGCACAACAGCGACGUGCUGCUUCCUACAGAGGCUGUAGAUAUCCGCCUUGAGCACAGGCGCUCCCAUGCUCUCCCAAUAAGUCACCCAGGCAUGAAGAGUUUCUUUGAGAAAUCGCAACUCAACCUUCGUGAAGGUCAACUUCGAACACCGAGCCAGGCCAUGCUCAGGGUUCCAGGAUCAUGGUUGCGAGGAAGUGGCAGCGGCAGGAUGAACACCGAAAAAAGAGACGUUCUUUACGACUUCCGUGGAACUGAGAUCCAUCAGACCGUGGAAAUGCCUUGGAAUGGCCACACACUGCGCUACUCUAGCAUCGAGGCUGGACAGCACGGCGGCCAACGCCAGGAGAUUACACUCCAGGCUGGUUUACCAGGCGAGAACCCAGUUGCUUUCAAGGAUGAGAGACGUGUGGGCUUUUUACAGCUGGUCGAGGACAUGGCCACUGGGAAAUGCUUCUCCUGGUCUGAAGGCUACAGAUCCAUCAAGAGCCGCCAGCUAGAAGAUUUCAGUUACAAUCUGUUUGGAGAGGAUCUCCCUGAGGAUGUUAUUGUCGACAACGAAAAGUUUGAUUCGCGCGGUCGCGUCAAUCGAUACAGACCAGCUACGAGCGGAGACAGUGACAAGCCUGAUCCGCGUGGCCGCUUUAAUCAACAUAGGCCAGCCAUCGAGAUGGGCAAUGAUAGGUUUGAUUCGCGUGGUCGUGUCGGUGAGCGUGAGUCAGCCACGAAGGCGAACGGUGGCAAGCUUGAAAUCCGCGGUUGUGUGAAUGAACGCACGUCUGGCCCAAAGCCAAAGACAGGAGCUCCAGUUGAGAUCUUUGACGACAUAGAGGCAUUGUUUGCGGCGGAGGGUCAGACCUUUGAGCUCAACCCCGACAAGACACCCAAGCCUGACGAGCAACAGCUUGACGAGACCAAAUCUGACGAGAAAGUGUCUGAUGAGAAAUAUCCCGAUCCUAUCGCCAAAAGGAAAGCGACAGAUGAUCUCAUGAGUUUCCUCGACGAGUACGCCAGCCCUAAGGCCUUUGUGAGUGAAGACAACAAGAAGCUCUACGGCAUCGAUGCUGCCUACCACCACAAGAAGUCAAGGACGAGCGUUCCUAAGGAUACUCCUCCGAUCGACAAAUUGCCAGAUUUGCCAGAAUUUCCAGAAGCCACACCCCCGAAACCUAACAACAACUUGCCAGAUUUGUCAGAAUUGCUAGAAGACAAGGCCACGCCCCCAAAACCUCAAAAGGAAGAUGUUGCAACUAAAAAAGAGAAGACUCGCAAAAAGGUCCAGAGUGAGUACUUCGCAACCCAGGAGCCAGUACCCAAGCGCAAAGCAACACCAAAGAAAUUAGCAACUACCGGGAAAGCCAAGGACAAGCCAAGCAAAUAUACCCUCCCAGAGCUACAGAAACCCGCCACAAUGUCAGAUGCAGAUGCAUUUGCUGCUCAGUUCGCCAGACGAGCGACUUCAGAGAACAGAGGGAAGGACCAAAAUAGUGUCAUUGGGUUCUUCGACACCCUUCCAAAUGAGAAGAAGCCUGCUAAAAAGCAGCCCGCUCAGAAAAAGAAAACGUCUACUUCAAAGAGAAAACAGCCGACAUCGAGUAACUCGAAACGCAAAAGGCUUUGAACCGCUCUCAAAUGAAGUGUUUGAACAUGCUACGACCGAAACGAUGUCAGGAGUACGAAUGCGGGUACGAACAAGGACGAUCAUUCAUGAGGCUUGUGUGUCACUCUCUCGCGCCUCUGUUUCUCUACAGCGCCAUGUUGGUCGUGACUUGCAACGUUGUAAAUGAGGAAAUCGUAAAGAUUGCGAGAGGCAGCUUUGGAUAUGCGGAAGAAAAAGGAAAAGAUAAUAUUGUAUACUAAAAUAGCAUGUGUAUCAUAUGUAACAUCAUUAUUAGACGAAUAUAU